CUCACAGAGUAAGUAUUUGAUAUAAUUUAGCUCAUGAAUAUGGGUAGCACUGUUGUCAGGUUUCUAAGCAUUGCAACCUUAUUUACCAUUUGCUUAUUAUUAUGCAAUGCAAACCUGAGUGCGCCUUGCAAACAAAAUGAGAGACAAGCACUUUUGAUGUUCAAGCACGAUCUUGAAGAUCCUUCAAAUCGGCUUUCAUCUUGGGUUGGCAAAGGAGACUGUUGUAAUUGGACGGGAGUUGUCUGCGACAAUUUAACAGUUCAUGUCCGCGAGCUACACCUUGCCGGACAUGUGGACAUGUUAAGUGGUAAGAUAAAUCAAUCUCUACUCAAUUUAAAGCAUCUUACCUACUUGGAUCUAAGCAACAAUGAUUUUCAAGGAAUGCAGAUUCCUAGCUUCUUAGGUUCUCUCAAAAGUUUAAGAUAUCUUAACCUCUCACACUCGUGGUUCGUCGGAUUAAUUCCUCAUCAAUUGGGAAAUCUAACGAGUCUACAGGUUCUUGAUCUGGGCAAUCCCCCAUAUUCGGAGAUUUACUCCCUUUUGGAGGUUGAGAGCCUUCAAUGGAUUUCUGGUCUCUCUCAAUUGCAACACUUGGACAUGAGUGGUGCAAAUCUUAGCAAAGCAUCUGAUUGGUUGCGGGUGACAAACACACUCCCGUCUUUGGUAGAGAACUUGGAUAUGUCUUUUUGUGGACUUUAUCACAUACCUGGUGGUAUUGCCAACAUGACUAAUCUUAAAUUCCUUAAUCUCGGGUACAACUCUAUCAGUUCUACUAUACCUAAAUGGUUGUACAGGCUUAGCCAUCUCCAGUCCCUAAGUCUUUCCUACAAUUCUUUUCAUGGUGAGAUCUCGUCUUCCCUUGGAAACCUCACAUCCAUUGUCAAUCUUGACUUAUCUUUUAAUCAAGUUGCAGGGAAUAUCCCAAACUCUUUGGGAAAUCUUUGUAAGUUGACUACUCUUGAUAUGUCGGAGAACAAUCUCAACGGAAGCGUGUCAGAAAUUUUUGAACGUUUUUCUAGGUGUAGUUCAGUUCAAAUAGAGUCAUUGAGUCUAUCAUGGAACAAUCUUUCUGGCCAUUUAACAGAUAAGCUUGAUCAUUUUGAAAAGUUGCGCCUCCUUGAUCUUGCUAAUAACUCAAUAUCAGGUCCCCUUCCACCGUCCUUUGGCAAUCUGUCAUGCCUAGAAGUUGUGACAAUUGAUGAUAAUAAUUUUACAGGUGUUGUCUCUCAACUACAUUUCACUAAUCUUACAAAAUUGGUGCGAUUUGAAGCAAGUGGAAACUCAUUGACUCUUGAAACUACUCCACACUGGCUUCCUCCAUUUCAACUUAAAAUUUUGGUUUUAAAUUCUUGGCAUCUGGAGCCAUCGGAAUUGCCCAUGUGGCUUCAGAGUCAAACGCAGUUGCAGCUUCUUAGCAUGUCCAACACAAGAAUUUCAGGUACCAUUAUGACUUGGUUUUGGAACUUUUCUUCCCAAUUAACGUAUAUUGAUCUCUCUGAAAAUAAAUUUUAUGGUUCAUUACCUCUUGUUUCAUCAACAGUAGAUACACUAGAUCUUUCCAACUCAUCGUUUUCUGGAACGCUCUUUCACUUCUUCUGUAAUAAUAAUAGUGAACCAAAGGCACUUUUUGCUCUUCAUCUGGGCAACAAUCUUCUAUCUGGAAAAAUUCCUGACUGUUUCAGAAACUGGAAAAACUUGGUACAUUUAAAUUUAGAGAGCAACAAUUUAAUUGGGAAUAUUCCAAGGUCUUUGGGCUACUUAAUCUUCCUCGAAUACUUGCACUUGCGCAAUAAUCACUUGCAUGGGGAGUUGCCUCCAUAUCUAAAGAAAUGUACAGAAUUGACUAUUCUUGACCUUAGUUACAAUAAAUUUCUAGGAAAGAUACCAAUGUGGAUUGGAACAAGCCUUUCAAAUUUGGCGGUUCUUAGCCUUCGUUCAAAUCAGUUUCAUGGCCACAUUCCGUACAAACUUUGCAAUCUCACAUAUCUCCAAAUAUUGGACCUCGCACAUAACAAUCUCUCAGGAAGAAUGCCAAGGUGUUUGUACAAUUUUACAGCAAUGACCACCCCAGAUGAUACCCGUUUAGGCUUUGAUCCUGUAAUUUAUGGUGUGGGCCAAAGAGAGAAUGCAAACGUGGUGACAAAAGGCAGAGUAGUGAAAUAUGGGAACAUUCUUCUUAGCUUGGUAAUUAGUUUGGACCUUUCAGACAACAUUAUCUCUGGAGAAAUCCCUGAAGAACUUACCAGCCUCAUCUACUUGCAGUCGGUGAAUUUGUCUUACAAUCUUUUGAGUGGAAGAAUCCCUCCCAAGAUUGGUGAUAUGAGACGGUUAGAAUCUCUUGAUUUGUCCAUGAAUCAACUUUGUGGUCAAAUUGCUCCAAGUAUGUCAAGUUUGACAUUUCUCAGUGCCUUGAACUUGUCCUACAAUAAUUUGACAGGCGAGAUUCCGAAAAGCACUCAACUUCAGAGUUUGGAUCAAUCCAGUUUUAUUGGUAAUAAACUUUGUGGCCCUCCACUUGAAGUGAACUGCAGUAAUACCAACGGGACAGUACCAUCAGUAGCAGAUCAGAAACAUGGAGGAAGUGAUUUGCUUGAAGACGGCUGGUUCUAUCUGAGCUUGGGACUAGGAUUUCUGUUCGGUUUUUGGAGUGUUCUUGGCUCGUUGUUGUUGAACUUGCCAUGGAGCAUUGUCUUUUCUCGGUUCCAAAAUAGCAUUGUAAAGAAGCUUUAUGGGGUAAUUGUUGAAUAUUUUUAACUAUUUCUGCAGGUAGAUUAAC